CUUAAAUACCUAUUAUGGAUAAAGACCUAGAACAAGUAAUUGAAGAAGCCAAGGCAGUAGACCAAGAAGAAAUAGAAGAGGAAAAAGAAGGGGAAGAACCGGAGAUUGAUGAAGAAGAAAGAAAGGCUUUGGAGUUAAAUGAGAAAUUAGAGAUGAUGGCGACCAAGUUGAUCCCGAAAAAGUAUAGUGCGAAGACCACUUUUCAAGUGGGUUCUGAGGAGAAGGUGAAGGAAGUAUUUUCAGCUGAAUUUGGGUUUGAUGACAAAUAUUUAGCUGUAGCUCUAGGAGAUGCUACUAUAUGAAUAUAUAACCUUGUCAACAAUAAAUUAGCCCAAUCAAUAUCCUAUGUUCCAUCUGACUCAAAUGAUGUAGCUAGAGCAAUGUGUGUAAAGUGGCUUAACAAUGCAAUUAUCUGAGCAUUCUCUGAUGGAGUAGUUAAUGAAUAUUCCUGACCAGUUGGCAAACUCGUUUCAUCAGUCACAGAGGAAAACAACCAGACUUUUGUAUUAGACGUUGAUCCUUAUAACGAAAAGUUCUGCACUGGUGGAAAGGAUUAUCGAGUCAGAGUCUACGAUGCUGAGACCAAAGAAUGUCUCUUAAAAAUGAUCCCCGUUGAUUCCAAAGAGCCAGGACAUGCUCAAAGAAUCUUUGCAAUGACUUAUAAAAGAGAUGACCCCAAUGUUGUAAUCACUGGUGGGUGGGACAAGACACUCCAAAUUCAUGAUAUUAGGAGAGGAGGGCCAGUAGGAUACAUAUUCGGUCCUGACCUAUCAAGCAAUUCCAUAGAUAUCUACGAUAAUACAAUUGCCACAGGAAGCUAUAGAGGUCGGAAUCCUCUUCAAAUAUGGGACCUUAGGAAGAAAGACCUAAUUUCUAAUAUUGAAUGGGACUAUUCUGGUGAAGCCAGCGAAAACUCAUUCCUUAACUGUGCUGCAUUCACUCAUAAUGGAGAAGUAAUUAUCGCAGGUGGGAAAGGAGAAGAAAUCAAAUACUUUGACCUUGACAAAGAGGAAGAUGUUUCCAGUUACUCUCUGUUUGGAAAACAAUCAGGAUUUGACAACAGCAUUCUUUGAUGCGCAUUUGCCAAGACUAACAAUAAUUAUGUAGUGGGUACUGCUGAUGGAACUAUCAAGAUUUUUAAUUAGAAGCAUCU